CACAGAUACCAAUACAACGAUAAAGUUAAGCACCUUCUUCUUCACUGCGCUCUCUCUCUCUCUCUCUCUCUCUCUCUCUCUGGGUAUUUUGCAAUCUGCUCUGAAGUUUGAAUAUCAUCAAUCAUCAAUGUCAAAGAUGAAACCGGAUCGCAAGCCUCCUCUUGCUAAAUCACCCAUCAGGCUUCGACCCCGUCGGGUCCUCGGAUCAAACUCAAACUGUAUGCCAACCCCAGCAGGGCGGUCUGAGAUCGGGUUCGAGCAAACCGAUAAAAUUUUAACAGGCGGUUCGUUAAGAAAAUCGGAGAAAGCAAGGCGCACGGGCACAUGGGAGAUGGAAGAAGCGGAGCUUCGACCUGAAUACCGCUCCAUUUCGUGGGAACUGAGGGCUUUAGAAAAGAUGGUAACUGGAGAGGAAUUGGGCAAGGAAGAUUAUUGUGGUGGUGGUGGAGAUACUGAUAGCAGCAGCAGCCAUAGGCUGAGUUCGUUGAAUUCGAGUCCUUUGUUUGAAAGGGGUAGGUUUUACGAGGAGUAUUCUGCUAGAAGGAAUGAGCGGCUGAAUAGGAAGAAUAAGAUCAAGGUAAAGGAGGGCGGUUGUGAGACAAAUUAUUCAACAACUGCCGCGUCUGCGUCUGCGUCCGCCUCUAAAUGCAAGUACAAUAAUAAGCUGGGUGUUACAGUAGAAUCUGCCAAAAGAAACAGUUUUACCAGCACUCGUACUACUACUAGCAGUAGGAAGCUUCAAAGCUUGAGGAAAUCGGUCUCUGCUGCUUACUCGGUGGUGGAGACUCAACAGGCUCCGACUCCAACUCCAGCUCCGGCACCGGCUCCCAGGUAUAUGCUGAGAAGCUUGAACAAAGAAAAUAUGAAGCCUCCUCUGCCUCAGCCUACUUUGUACUCCUCUCAUCAAAAUCAUAAAUCUGCAAAUCGCGGGGGACGGAAAACCGGAGCUCCAACUCCAACUCCAACUCCAACUCCAAGGGUUGGGUAUUAUUAGGCAAGAUUUCAAUAGUUUGGGAUGUUUUAGUUGAUUGACUUGAUUUGAUGAACCGUAUCUUACUCACUCAGGCAGGCAAAUUUGUGUUGCCUUGCCUCCGCUUUCUCUGUUUCUGAAACUCAACUUAUAUAAAAUUGAUGUGCCUGCGUGCCUAUUCUAUUAAUAUUAUCAGAUCACCCUCUUUCCUUACGACCUAAUUUUAAUUUAGGUUAUUAUUCGGAACAGGAAGAUGUUAUCGCUUGAAAUAACCCUCAUCUUUUUUGCGAUCUAUAUUCUUUGUUUCUCAAGUCGCUUAGCUCCUUUUCAACCACACAAUGGAGGAGCAGGGGACGGACCACCAUACAAUUAGGAGGAGGAGGAUGUCUCUUCUACUGUGAAAGCAAUACAAAAGAGCAAAUACGAAGAAAAAAACUGUAUGAUGGUAAUGACCCAAACCAAUACCAUACCACCUUCAGACUUCAGACAGAGCAUACGCGUAGGCAAACCAGAACCAUCUUCAGUAAU